CUUAACACACCCCUUCCCACCUUAUCGCGUACCCCUGGAACUGCCUUCAUUUCAUCUCCGACAUUGUUUCCCUCGACUUCGCAACGUAAUGUAAUCCACACACAGAUUGGCUCCCUUUUCAAAGUCAAAGCCAUGCCUGUCGCAAAUUAUGGAGCUGCAGCGCCGAAGGGUAACAACAGCCUAGGCAAGCGCAAGCGCGGCCACAAAAGACUCGAUCCUCAGCCUAGCCCGUCACCACCGGCCGCGGACACUACCACAACAUCAGAAGCUGAUCCAGGCUUGUCCUCGCUCUAUAACACUACUGCAAACCCAACGACAAAAACAGAUUCUAAACCACUCAGGAAACGCAACCCUAAACCCACCAGCACUACCCCUCCCCAACCGAAUCCGGAUGCAGACCCCAAUCCCAAUUCCAAUCCCAAACCCACCAAAGCCGCCGGAACAGCAGACAGAACAACCUGGCCGCCGUACCUACAGCAACUCGAACAAACCCACCGCGCGCUCAACCUGGUUGCAACCUUCCUGUCAACCCGCAAGCACGUGCCCACAACCCUCGACAACCUCCGGGCCGCCGUCGAGCGGCACACCAAGCGCCCGCUGUUGGUCGAGGAUGUGGCGGCCAUUGCAGCGCUGCGGCCCGGCCCGGGAGGGGUGCGGUUCGAGUACGUGGACGAGACGUCGCUGUUGCUGAGUGCUGAGCGGAUUGCCGCGGGUGCUGGAAACGGUGACAAGAAGGGGGGGUUCGGGAUGCAUGUGCAUAUGGACGAGGGGUUGUGUGGAGGGGAAGGGGGUGGAGGGGGGAAGGAGGUGCUGCUUGUUGAGUUUCUGGACGGGGAAUUGAAGCCUUCUACUGCCGGGCAGCAGAAGAAGAAAAAGAAGGAGCCACCGGGGAGAGAAGAGAGGAUGCUCAUGCGCAUGCCCGUCUUCAGCCAGCAGCAGAUGGCAAAGCUGAUUGAGCGGCGGAACGCAAAGUUUGUCCAGGCGGUCGGCGAGUUUGUGGACAGGUGUGUUGCGCAAGGGCUUGACCCAGAGAUGAUCCUCUUGUCGGAGCGGGAGGCGUACAUUCCGCGGCCGAGGCCAGUGGAUGCAGCCGCGGAGAGGGCGUUGGCGGUCGACAGCUUACCCAUGACCAUACCUAAGGAGAGGAAGAGUAUACCGGAGAUCGUACAAGAGUUGAAAGAGAGCCCCUGGUAUACCGGACAGAUCGUGCCGGAUGGGCACAGGGUUUUCGAAGCGCAGGAGGCUGUCUAUGGGGAGCUUGAGUUCCUGCUGAGCCAGGAUCUGGUGAAUGCGCUGUACAAUGCUAAGGGAAUCACGAGGUUCUAUGCACACCAGGCGGAAGCCAUCAAUGCUCUCCGCAAGGGACACAAUGUCGUCGUGGCGACAUCGACGAGCUCGGGAAAGUCGCUGAUUUAUCAGCUUUCCGUCCUGCACGCGUUGGAACACGACCACAAUACGCGCGCAAUGUACAUUUUCCCUACGAAAGCACUCGCCCAGGAUCAGAAGCGUGCCCUGAAAGAGAUGAUGGUCUUCAUGCCCGGGUUAGAGGCCACGGUAGUUGAGACGUUUGACGGGGAUACGCCUAUGAAUGAGAGAAAUAUAAUUCGCGACGAAGCCAGGAUCAUAUUUACCAAUCCAGAUAUGUUACAUAUCACGAUCCUGCCGAACGAGGACAAGUGGAGGACCUUUCUGAAGCAUCUGAAAUAUGUCGUGGUUGACGAGCUGCACUACUACAACGGGCUUAUGGGUUCUCAUGUAGCCUUCGUCAUGAGGCGCCUCCGUCGGACGUGCGCGGCGCUAGGGAACAGGCACGUCAAGUUCAUCUCAUGCUCGGCGACCGUGGCGAAUCCGGAGCAGCACUUCAAGACCAUAUUCGGCAUUGACGAUGUGCGCUUGGUCGACUUUGAUGGGUCGCCAUCUGGACGAAAAGAGUUCCUCUGCUGGAACACACCCUAUAAAGACCCUAGUGAUCCCACCAGCGGACGCGGAAACGCAAUGUUUGAGAGCGCUCGCUUGUUUUGCCAGCUCAUCCUUCGUGGUGUCAGAGUCAUUGCCUUUUGCAGAGUCCGCGAGCAGUGCGAGAGGCUCGUCGGCGCCAUCAGGCAGGAGCUGGAGAAUCUCGGCCGGGCAGAAGUUGCCGCGCGGGUGAUGGGUUAUCGUGGUGGCUACACCCCACAAGACCGCCGGAAACUGGAGGCCGACAUGUUCGAGGGGAGACUCCUCGGCAUCGUUGCUACCACGGCGCUAGAGCUGGGCGUCGACAUUGGCACAUUAGAUUGUGUUUUGACGUGGGGCUUUCCUUACACCAUCUCCAAUCUAAGACAGCAGAGCGGCAGGGCGGGCCGGAGGAACAAGGACUCGCUGUCCAUCCUGGUUGGGGAUGGCUUCGCCACAGACCAGUACUACAUGCAGAACCCGGACGAGCUCUUUGCCAAACCAAACUGCGAGCUGCAGGUUGAUCUGGACAAUAUGCUCGUAAAGGAAGGCCAUGUGCAGUGUGCGGCAUACGAGAUGCCCAUCCAGCCUGUCCAAGACUCGGUCUACUUUGGCGAUGAUCUUGCCCAAAUCUGCGAAGAGCGGCUCGUCAAAGACGACAUGGGAUUUUACCACUGCCAUGACCGGUUCAGGCCUUUCCCCUCCAGGUCCGUCUCCAUCCGCGACACGGAAGAAGACCACUUCGCCAUCGUCGACAUAACCAAUGGCAAGAACACGGUCCUCGAGGAACUCGAAGCAUCACGGGCAACCUUCACCAUCUACGACGGCGCCAUAUUCCUCCACCAAGGCGACACAUACCUAGUCCGGGAUUUCAAUCAAGACCGCAAAAUGGCCCGUGUCGAGCGGGUCAAAGUUGACUGGACAACCUCACAGCGCGACUACACCGACGUUGACCCCAUAUCCACGGAGGCCGUUAAGCAGCUAGACAAUUCUCGCUGGCGCGCCUACUACGGCAAUAUCCGGAUCAAGCAGGUCGUCUUUGGCUACUUCAAGGUCGAUAAGCACGGCCGCAUCCUCGACGCGGUGCAGGUCGACAACCCACCCGUGGUGCGAUACAGCAAAGGGAUGUGGCUUGACGUGCCCAAACACGUGCUCGACAUACUCGUUGCGAGGAGGCUGAACAUCGCUGCCGCGAUCCAUGCGGCCGAGCACGCCCUCGUGAGCCUGAUUCCGAACUUUGUGGUGAGCAUGCCGGGGGAUGUGCGGACCGAGUGCAAGAGCGGGCUGAAGGAGUUUGCGAAGCACGAGACGCGCCGGAAGAGGCCCGGCAGGCUGACCCUUUACGAUGCGAAAGGAGGCGCCGGAGGCAGCGGCAUCAACACCAAGGCAUUUGAGCACGUGGAUUUGUUGUUGAGGCAGGCGCUGAGCAGGGUCACGGGCUGCGAGUGUCAGACAGGGUGUCCUGAAUGCGUUGCCUCGGAGAUGUGCAAGGAGUCAAAUGAGGUCAUGAGCAAGGCCGGUUGCGAGGUUAUCCUCAAGGGUUUGUUGGAUGAGGAGAUUGAUGUUGAGGCGCUCCCGAUGGGGCCAGAAGAGGGGAGCCCGGCCGGGGUGGAAACGGUUGUGUUGGCGGAUACGGUGCCGAUCAAGGGUCAACCUCUCCAAGCUCACCGGUAGCCAACCCACAUACUCUGGCUACACUAUAUUUUACCCCACGUCGUGUAAGACACUGUCCGAGACAUGCUGCGGGUGGAAAGCACAAGAAACAAGAGUGGUUGAUAUUGAUGAGGCAUGGCCGGCUAAGCUUUUGCCGAGCCUGCUUCGGUACAUAACUUCACCAUUUAGGGUUCAAUGGCACUAGCGUCCAACCCCUG